AUGGCUUCGCAGCUGGGCUUUGCCUCUUUUUCCGCAUUUUUCGUUCCGCUGUCAAGGCCGCGAUGGAUUGCUCCUCAGAAGUCCCCUCAGCGUAGAGCCCGCCGCCCUUCUCAUUUCGCUGCCACAAACUUACUUUUCACCGGUUCAGGCGAUGCAUCUCCGCAGUUUGCGCCCGUCCUUAUUCUCCCAGGUCUUGGAAAUUCGAGUGCUGACUAUGCGUCUUUGGCUUCAAGUCUCGCCGAGAGAGGGCACGCCGCGGUAUCCAUAGCUCCUGUCGCGAGAUGGAAAUGGAGUUUGAACGCAAGAGGAUUCUUUAUUUCUGACUACUGGAAAGGCACGCUUCGCCCUGACCAAGUUCUCAAGUGGUACUUUGGAUGCGUUGAUCUAGGACUGAGGGAGCUAGUCGAAUCUGGAAUGGAUCUCUGCGGUAUCAGUGUGGUCGGACAUUCCGCUGGGGGCUGGCUUGGUCGCGCAUAUCUUGCCGAGUGUGCCCCAGCAGAGCUGCGUGUGUCUUCACUGGUUACGCUUGGGACACCGCACAAGGCACCGCCGACAGGACAGAUGGAUCAAACGAGAGGAUUACUGAAAUACAUUGACAAGGAGUGCGGAAUGUCAGACCUCGUCGACGACUUUGUUUGUGUGGCAGGGACUGGGACUAUAGGGAAGCAGUUCGGGAAUGGUUCAGUCGGCGAAUAUGUGGCGUACCUCAGUUAUGCGGCUGUCAGUGGGGAAGGCAACGUAGACGGGGACGGGGUGACACCAGUGAAUGCGGCGUGUGCACCAAGCGGGAGAUUGGUGAUAUGUAACGAUUGUGAUCAUUCGAUGUUGACCAGUCGGCGAUGGUACGGUGAGGGCGAGGCGUAUCAAAAAUGGGUCAGUAACCUACCGUAA